AACCCCUGUUAAAGUAGUUCCUAUAUGGCUACAUAUAUACAGAACCUAAGUUAUACGAAAACUGAAUGGUAUGCGUUUACUUUAACUAUGUUUGUAUCUGUCAGUAUAUACAUGUAUACAGAUGCAGUUAAGUUGAAAAACAACGUACUAAAAGAUGUUUAAAAACUCACAUGCAACUUCUAAAUUAAUAACGAUAGUACAUGUUUUAAUAAAAAACAUGAAAUUAUAUACAUAAUUGUAUGUAUCACUUUAAAAGGUUUGUGACACAAUCGUAGUAUUUGUUUACUCAUUAUUUGGAAAAUUACAACUGUAUAUAUGAUAAAAGAACAAUGAUGUUGCAUAAAACAAACUUACGACUAUGUCGCCUCUGUGGAAAAGAAAAACAACAAGGCACAGAUUUGUUUACAGACAAAGUUAAAGGGAUUGUACUAAUGUCUAUUAUAAAUAAAUAUUUCUCUAAAGAGGUGAUAAAUAUUUCAAACUCUGAUGCAUUUUCCAAAUAUGUUUGUAGUGAUUGCGAACAAAAGAUAUAUGUAUUUGAUGAGUUCUGUUUGAUGGUAGCUAAUGUGCAGAAACAACUUGCAGCCCCAUCUUUGGAAAUUGAUUUUGCAGAAGAUAUGUUAUACCAGUUGAAACAAAGUGAUACACUACCAAAAAAUAUCUUAAACAAGCAGGGAGUAAAGAAAAGUACAUGCCCAAUAUGUGCUAAAAGUUUUAGAUGUCAAUCACAUUUAAACAGGCAUAAACGUAUUCAUACUGGACAAAGACCUUUUGUUUGUAAUAUUUGUAAAAUGUCAUUCAAUCAACAAGAAAUCUUAAUGAAGCAUAAAGAAAGACAUGAAGGAAAGAAACUAUUUCAAUGUGCAAAUUGUCAUCAAUCAUUUCGUUAUAAAGUUUCUUUGAAAUCUCAUAUGAUAAAUUUUCAUAUAGACAUGGAACAGUCCGUUAAUAAUCAAAAUCUGCAAAUGGAAAGCAAUUCAUUUACAUGUCCUGAAUGUGGUAAGCAAUUUGUAACAAAAUAUAAGUUACAAAGGCAUUCAAGAUGCCACACUGGUGAAAGACCAUAUCAUUGUACUUUCUGUUUAAAAACAUUCUCUCAAACUGGUAAUUUAAAAGUGCAUCAGGUGAAGUAUCACCAAAUGCAUAGUUCUGUAACUGAAAUAAGAAGACAGACUCAAUACAAUGAUCAAAUAGUUGACUGUGAUAUACCUACAACGUUAAAUAAUUUCCAUACAGUUAACAUGUCAGAAAUCGAAUUGCAAAAUACGAUAAACGAAACUAUAAAUUCUACAGAGCAGAGUAGUUCGUAUGCCUCAAAAAUAUAUGAAAAUUCUUUAUAUAUUGAUGAGGAAAUUGAAACAAUUCUGGAUCGCGAUCUUGGCCAAUUAGGACAAAAUAAAUAUUCUACAAAUGUACAAGACAAAGUACCACUUUGCUUAAAACAACCAGAGACUCCUGAAUUACUGCACAGUCUAUUAUAUGAUGAUGGUUAAUUUUCGCAAGUUGACUGUGUAAUUGUUUAUUUAAAAUAAUAUCAAAAUUAUUUAUAUUCCGAAUCCGGAAUUAAGUUACAUACAUAUUGAUAAUUAUGAAAUUAUACGUACUUCUUUUCAUUAAUAUACAUUUCUAUUUUGUUAAUUAUGCUAUACACGUAUAUAAUUUCUAGAAAAUAGUUUCAAACAUGCAUUAUUAAUAAUUUAACAAUAUUUGUUAAUGCUUUUUAUAAGCUUUAUUAUUUAAAAAUUUUUGUAAAUAAUUCUAUACCUUUUAUUCUUAUUUGUUGUAAAUAAAUAAUUCCAUCUGUAUACAAGUUACAUACGUACAAAUUAAGUCAGUCUUGUUCAACUUACACCAUAGCUUGGAAAACUUGUAAUACAACCUACUCGCCUAUAGCUUUAAGAAUGAGAUAGAAACGGAAAGAGAUGAUAAUAGAUCUGUUGAUCUCUAAUAGAUCUAGAGGAGGACAAAGCCAAAUAAGGGGCUUUUUUCAUGGCCAGUAGUGGUUUAAGUCAUUAUUCUGUAUAAGGAAUUUCAUCUAUUACGAUAUAUUGAAUGUGACAGUAAUAACAAUUCAUUUAUAUUUACUCAUCAGAUAUGGUAUUAUAAAUAUUAUAUAAAAGAAUACUUUCAUUAUCGUUAGUAGGAAAAUUAACAAUUUAUACAACAACCUACUAGUUAUCGUAUAUUAAAAUAUUUACUUAAAUUUAUUUCUUUUUAUAUUUAAAUGUUUAUUAAAGUAAUAAAAUUAGAAAACUCUUUAAAAAUAUAUAUGAAUUUAUUUAUAAAUCUUCCAUUCAAGUAUCCUGCGCUUUUUACUUUCAACAAAUAUAUACUAAUAUUAGUUAAUACUAAUACAUUAGUCUUUUUGUAAUAUUGGAAAUGAAAAAAUCAUCUACACAAAAGGAUUUAAAAAUGAAAAUAAUAUUGAAAUCAAACAAAAAUUAAAUAAUAAAAUAAAAAUAAAGCCGAUAUUUAAAUUACAGCAUUAUAUUAAAUUGCUUGUCGAAAUGUAUAAUAUUGGCGACUUAAUAGUAAAUUUCAUUAUGUUUCUGAUAAUAUAUCCCUUGAAAGACAUGUAACAAUAAACUUCUGUCUUCGUACACAAUUGUUUUUCGAUAAAAUAAUCAUAUUAAUACAGCGUCGAAUUUCUAUUUUUACAAUAGCAUUAUAAUUACAUUAAUGAAGAACAGCUAACCGGCCAGUGUUAGUAGCAUAAAUUAAACCUUGGCCAGGUUGUGGUGCCCAUCUGAUACAAUUUAUGCUUGUAUGUCCUCCAUUUGAUUGAUUAUUUUGUAGUAUAUCUCUAACCCACAACAUAGUGUUCCUUUUACUCAUGAAAUGUAAAUAUUUCGCUAGAUUAUUAAAGUCCAAAUCUUGCAUA